UAAUAUUCUGCAUAUAUUCUAAUAGUUUUUUUUAUUUUUUUUUAAAUUCUUUCAUAACUCUUGAUUACAAUUUUUUAAUAAUUGGUCAACAGUUGGUAAAGGGAGAUUACUCUGACACCAAUGUUGCUAACUAAAACAAAACAAUCAUCUGGCAUUUCUUGUUGCUCAAGACCCCUUAAUUUACUUUAAUAUUUACACUCUAAACUAAUAAUAUUCCUGGAGUCGGCAGUUACAAUAUGUUAGGUGAUCAUCAUGGUCCUAUUAAAGACUUGGAACUGAACAGAACAUGAUCCCUUAACAGAUUAGAUCAAAGUGGAAGGACAUAUAAAGACAUAGGGUACAGACUCCCAGACAACAUUGAAAUGCAUAGGAAACUAAAAGAAGCGCAGGAUCAAAUCAAAAGCUUGGACAUUCUCCUCACGGGGGCCAACAAACAAAAGGAUAUGUUUGAAAAAAUUUAUAAAGUCUUGGAACAGAAGUUGUCUUCAGGUGAACAAAAUCUGAAAGAGCUAGAAAGUGAAAAGAACAAAUUAAACAAAGCCAUUUCAGAAUUGCAGAAGGAAAAUACAGAUUUGGAAAGCAAAAGAGCCAGCGCUGAACAUGAGAGCCAUGCUAUUUCUGCUCAGCUGGAAAAGGAAAAGAACACUGUAAAGAAUCUACAGAAAGAAUGCUUGUCACUUCAGUCUUAUGUCUGUAAACUUCAGAAUGAGGUGAAAGAACUAGAAUCUGAGAAAAUCAAAUUAGCCAAAAUCAUUUCAAAGUUGGAAAACACUAAAGCUAAUUUGGAGAAAGAUAGGGAUGCCAUCUCUUCUUGUUUGAAUGAGGAAAAAGAAAGGUAUAAGAAAGAAUGUGCUACUUUAAUGUCAACAAUAACACAGUUGCAAAGGGAGGGGAAAAUCUAUGAUGAGGAAAACAAUAAAAUGGACAGAACAAUCCAAGAGCUAGUGACAAUGAAUGCCAGUCUAGAGAAAACUAAAGAUAUCAUUGCUACUCAGCUUGAAGCCGAGAGAGACAAGCCACAGAAAGAGUUAAAAUCAUCCAUAUCAGUAUUACUAGAGGAAUCAGAGGCAGAGAAAGUCAAGUUAAGCAGUAGAAUAAUGGAGUUACAGAAAGAGACUUUAGAAUUGGGAAAGAAAUUAGAAAAUACUGAGCAAGAGUUUCAAUCUGUUUCAUCCCAACUUUUGGAAGAAAAGAGUUCAGUCAGCACUAUCAAAGAAGAAUGCUCAGCAAUGAAUUUUACCAUUUUAAAAAUGGAGAAUGAAAUAGCAGGUUUGAAAACUGAAAAAAUUAAUUUAGUCCAAGGUUUAUCAGAGUUAGAAAACGUAAGAGCUAGUCUUGAGAAAGACAAAAAUGGCCUCUCUUCAUGCAUAGAGGAGGAAAGAGAAAGUCCAAAAAAGAAUGUUCAGUUUUUAUGUCAUUAAUAACAGAACUAAAACAGGAACGUGAACAGUUUCACCCGGAAGUGGUUCAAUUAAAAAUAACAAUUGAUGAGCUAGAGAAAAAAAAUGCUAGCUUAGAGAAUGAUAAGAAAGCUAUUUCUUCCCAAUGGGAAUUGGAAAGAGACAAAUCACAGAUUGCACUUAAAGAAUCAGAGGCAGAGAAAGAGAAAUUGAAUGCUAUGAUAUCAGAGGUACAGAAAGUGUCAUUGGAGUUGGAAAAGAAAUUAGAAGAUUCAGUACAAAAGUGUCAAGCGAUUUCUUCUGAACUGAAGGAAGAAAAGAUCUCAGUCAGCACUUUCAAAGAGGAGUACUCAUGGAUGAAGUUAGCUGUUUCAUCAAUGGAAACUGAAUUAGCAGAUCUAAAAGCUGAAAGAACAACUUUAGUUCAGACUAUGUCAGAAUUAAAAAAUGCUAGAAUCUGCCUUUCUUCUCGCCUUGAUGAGGAGAGAGACAUGUCAAAGAAAGACUUAUCGAUUUUAAUGUCAUCACUUGUAGAGCUAAAAAAUGAUAUUGAAUAUUUUCAAGUGGAAAAAAAUCAUUUAAAUGAAGCCAUCAAUGAGUUAAAGAUGAAAAACACUGGGUUAGAAGAAGAUAGAAAAGCCUUGUCUUGCCAGCUGGAAGAUGAAAAACACUGGGUUAGAAGAAGAUAGAAAAGUCUUGUCUUGCCAGCUGGAAGAUGAAAAACACUGGGUUAGAAGAAGAUAGAAAAGCCUUGUCUUGCCAGCUGGAAGAUGAAAAAGAAAAGGCAGAGAGACAUGUAGCAGAAUUAUUGGAAGAAAAAAGUCAGACUAAAUGAUAUUAUUGCUGUUUUGCAAACAGAGUCUUUAGCAUUGAAAAAUCAAUUAACUAAUUCUGUUCAAGAAUGUCAAGUUCUUUCAACGCAACUGACUGAAAAAAUUGUGAAAUAUUUAGAAAUGAAGUCAACUAUCUCAAGAUUGGAUAAAGAAGUUACAUAUUUAGAAAAUACAAAAGCUAGCCUGGAAAUGGAGAGGGAUAGCAUCUCUUCCAGUAUGAUGGAGGAGCGAGAAAAGUUUCAUAACGAAUGUUCAGUACUGACAUCUUCAAUCUUAGAAUUACAGACCACAGUAACAAACUAUGAAGGCAAGAACAAUCUCUUGAAUAAAACUGUACUAGAACUGCAAUCUAAAAAUGCUCAUUUAGAAAAUGAUAUGAAUAUCAGUUCUUCCCAGCUAGAUGCUGAGAGUCGACCAUAUCUGCAUUGCAAGAAGAAUCUCAGGCAGAAAAAGACCAAUUGAAAAUGACCAUAUCUGCAUUGCAAGAAGAAUUUCAGGUAGAGAAAGACCAGUUGAAAAUGACCAUAUCUGCAUUACAAGAAGAAUCUCAGGCAGAGAAAGACCAUUUGAAAGCUGCCAUAUCAGAAUUACAGAACGACACUAAUAAGAGUGUCAAACUGUUUUGUCUCAACUGCAUAAAGAAAGGGAGUCUCUAAACUCAUACAAAUUAGAAAACUCACAGAUGAAAUCAACUAUUUUGAAUAAAGAGAAAGAAAUAGCAGAUUUGAAAGCUGAAAUUAGAAAUCUAGCUAAUACUUUAGUGGAAUCAGAAUACAUUAGAAACGACCUUGAGAAAGGCUUAGCUGAUGAAAGGGAACAAUUCAAGAAAGAAUGCUCCGUUUUGAGCUCAUCAGUAGCAGAACUGACGCAGAAGCUUGAGCACUGUUAGAAUGAGAGAAGUAACUUGAAUCAAACAAUACAGGAGCUCAAGACUAUGAUUGUCCAUUUGGAAAAAGACAAGGAGGCUUUGUCAUCACAGCUGGAAGAAAACUGGAAACUGAUUAAAAAAAUAGAGCCUUUCAGAGAUGUCUUGGAUAAUUUUCAAUUGGAAAUAAAAAUCUUGUUGGAAAGAGACAAAUAUACAAGUGAGCAAAUGGAAAGAUUGACCAAAGAAGCCAUUAAAAACAUGGGUCAUCAAAACCAUCGCCAGAAAGUCAAAUAUGUGAAGACUUUAAAAAAGAUUGCUCCGGUGAUUGCUACUGAACAAUGUGACUCUUCCAAAAUGACACAGACACCUGGUGAACCAAGAAUUCCUUUUAAAGGAAAAAAAAUGCUGUCUGAAUCUGAGUGCAUGUGCCCAGUAUGCAUUAGCUUACUCAUUCAGCCUGUAACGUUUCCCUGCAAUCACUCACUGUGUUUAAAAUGUUACAAGGAAACAGUGGAAAAAGCCAACCUCUCAUGUCCAGUCUGCAGGAAGCGCAUUUCAGUUUGGGCCAGAAAAGCUGCCAAGGAAAAUAAAUUGAUAAACAUGGAAAAGUGGAAAGACAUCCAAGAGGCCUUCUCUGAAAAAGUGAGGCGCAGGCUGGAAGCCAGCGAAGAAAGCGACAAAGAAGAUGAAGAAGAUAAGUUUGAAGCCCAGGAAAGACGACAAAUUUCCUGUCCUGGAGAAAUCAGACAAGAAUAUGAAGCUGCUAUCCAGCAGAUUCAGCAAAAAAAGGACGAACAGGCAAAGAAAGAGGAGGAGGCCAGUAAAGUAAAUUUUGAAGCUCUGCAACAGGAAGAAUUUUUGUCAGAAAAUGUGGAAAUAGAAGAGAAAGCACUGAUGCUUGAAAAGAAAAAGUCUAAAAAAAAUAGCCUCUUUCUGAAUCCAGUUGUCAGAUUAAAGAAGUGUUUAAAAGCAGAGGAUAUAGUGUUUAGUUGGAGAGCUAACAACUGUCUUUCUGGCACUGAAAGUUUCCAUGACUCUUCACAACUCACAGAAAACAGAUCAGCUAUACCUGCUGGCAAUAGUUCAGAAAAGAAUGAUGACCUUAGGUUUGCAACAAAAUUGCAAGAAUUUUUUGACUUAAUGGAUAAAAAAAGAAUAGUGGGUGGAUAGGUCAAAAGGAUCUAGCAAUGAAUAUACAUUCUGUAGAAAGCAUAAAUGUGAUGAGUGACUGUUACAUUGUGUUGUUGAUUGUUAUAUGUUGGGUUGAGUUGUUUUUUUAUGUUUUAGUAAUGUUUUUGUUGUUGGCUACUUUCUUUUUGAUACUGUCACAUGACCCAUAACAGUCUGACCUUUUGCACUUACCUAUACUAUUGAAUGACAUCGUCAUACAAAAUAACAAUUUAAAAGAAAGAAUAAUUAUAAGUUAUGUUAUUUAUCAGCCUCUAGGCAUCAAUUUAUUGUUUAUGUCCAGAAUGUACAGAAUGCUGUGUAAACAUAUGAUGUUAUUCUAAACACAGACUUAUUGUUCUUGAGUUGUUGAUUCCAAGUGCUUCCUAUUCUAUCUAGAUCACAUGUUUUUGAAUUAUAUUGGUCUAUAUAUAUAUAAAUAUACAUUACAAUUUAUUGAUGUUUCUAUUUAUCCAUCAUUUGAAACCUUUCAUUUACUUUUUUUACUGCUAAUUAUCAAACAAAAUUUCUAUAUUACAUGUAUGAUCUUUGCAUAGUCUAUGCCAAACAUUUACCCUGGAUUGUCAUGUUAUAUUUGAUAUUUUCAUGUAUUAACUUACUGCCAAAGCCUUAAAGAGAAAUACAUUCAUUAAUCCAAACUUUGCAAAAAAAAAAACACUAUUUGAAAAUGUCUAUUUUUUUUUUUAACUUUUAGCAAGCAUUGUUUAUUAGAAUACUAUCAGACUUAAUCAAAAUACAUUUUCUUAAACUAAAUUGAACUAAAACUUUGACAGCACAUUGAUUAAAAUGUAACAGACUUUGUUUUUGUCAUGCCUUUUAAUAAAAGCCUUAAUGAAAAAUGC